AUGCACAGGAACAGAAGGCACAGCCUCACAGUGGACAUAACUCCUCUCUUGUAUUCCUUUCAGGGAAAUAUGGGGACUCUGAUCAACACGCUGCCCCUGUUUCUGCUCUUCCUGCUCCUGAAGCCUCUGCAAUUCGAGCUGAUAACUGAUGGUUCUUUAACAGAUAAAGAAUUUGAAGAGCAUUUAGAUGGUACAAGUCCUACCAGAGCACCUACCAAGGAAUUAUUCAAAGCCCAUGUCAUUAUUGAUCGUAAAAGACCAUUACAUGAACCAACAUACUGUAGCGAUGAAAUGAAGAUAAAAAAUAUUCACCGGAGGCUUUAUUGUGUUAAGGAACAUUUCUUCCUUCAAGCAUCGUAUGAGGACAUUGAAAAGAUCUGUCAUAACACGUUUAUGUCCUGUGGCGAAGAAGUUGGGACUUGUUACUCGAGCCAGAAAAAAAUAAAAGCAGUGCAUUGUGUUUUAACAAGUGGGAUCAAGAUGCCAGAUUGUGAAUACACUUCCUCUUAUGAGAAGGGAUGGGUCUUUAUCACUUGCCGAUGGCAAAAUGAUAUCAGAGAAAUUAUCCCUGAAUCUGUGGUUGGUAUGUUGACAUCCACCGGGAAAGUACCUUCCCCCUACCAUUCUUAAAGUAUAUUCUGAAAGACGUUAGAGCUAGAAGAUAGAAGCUUAUCCUUACUGAUCCUUACAAGCAAACUUGAGAAUGGAAAUUUUGAUCUCAUUUGCUUUAGUCAUCCACCACCUGCCCUUUUUCUCCUUACAUCAGACAAAAGAAAGGUGGGCAGGACUGAGAUAUAGUGCUCUGAGAUGUGAUUUCAAACAAGUCCUACAGUGCAGCACGUUUUCAAUGUGUUGUGAGGGUGAAUGCCUGAAGGGAAAGCAUGACCAGCAGCAGCCAUUAGGAAAUGGUUGCCGAGGUGCGCUCCACAGUUUUAUUCAUGUAAUGUCUGGUUCAGUAGAAGUAAUAAAGUGCAGCGUUGUA